AUGUCUGCCCCCCCAACCGAGGCCGAGCUGCUCAGUAGCUACCUCCUCGACCCCGCGCGACUGCCCAACAUCAUGACGCUCGACCAGUUCCGCGCGCUUUUCCCGCGCGAUGUGCGCUCCGCCGCCCCCAUCCGCAGCCUCUUCCUCGACCUCGCCGCCCAGCGCGGGCAGGCCGUCGACGCCGUCGCCGCCGCCAUCGAGCUCGAGGCGCGCCGCGGCGGCCCGGCCAUUCGUCGCGAGGUCGCCCGCCAGCGCCGCGAGGAGCUCGACUGGGAGGUGGACGGCGAGGUAGAGAUGGACCGCGCCCUGUUUGGAAGCGAUUCGGCGGCCAAAAAGGCCAAGCAUACGCUCGGCAGUAUCCUACCGGAGCUCGACGGCGCGGCCGGUGCAGUCGAGGCCGAGAUUGCGAAGCUCCGUCAGCAGGAGGCUGACCUCGAAGGAGCCAUUGCCAGGAUCAUUGCGGACCUGGACGACGUGCGAACCGACAAUCUCAAGAACCGCCAAUUACCCGACCAAGUCCUUGACGGCUUAGAAAAUCUACAAGAAGUCUGCAAUCGCAAGACGUGA